AUGCAAUCUGGUCAUCAGCGUAGUCCCCCGUCACCAUCACAAAUAUCUAGUAAAAAAUUAAAACAAUUAACUACAACCGCAAUGUCAACUAAUGCCAUAAGCUUAGCGUUAACCCAAAUGGUUAAAGAAAUCUUUUCGUCUUCAUCUUUUGUUCAGCAAAUGUGUAAUUCAUUACUAACCUCGGAUUUGUUUACUAACUCUAUUGCUAGGGUAGUUGAAGAAGCUGUAAAUAAUUAUCGUUAUGAAGUUGAAGAUUUUAAAUCUGAAUUAAAGAAAGUGAAUGAUAACAUUUUACUGUUACAAUGUCAAACGAAUGACUUAGCACAGUAUAAUAAAAGAAAAGAUCUUAUACUAUAUGGUAUACCAUUUAAACAAAAUGAAAAUACGUAUGAUGUAGUAUUAGAAUUAGCUGUUAGUGUUGAAUUGCAAUUGAACAAAAAUGAUUUUUAUGCUAUUCAUCGUUUGCCAUUAUCUAAACGAGGUAAAGAUAAAUCGCGACAAGCUGUUAUUAUUAGUUUUCUACGUUUUACUGACAGAAAUAAUUUUUAUGAUGUACGGAAAAAAUUACGACAAAUCGAACGAUAUAAGGAUGUAUUUAUUAACGAACAUUUAACACCAUUGAACAAUCAUAUUUUUCAAUACGCUAAACAAAAUCUAAAUAAACAACAAGUAUUUACACGUAAUGGUAAUGUUUACUAUUAUUUG